AUGAAUCAUUCGGAGCUUAACCAAACUGACCACUGCUUACAUUCUUCCUGUCCAGAGAGGUCUGUAUCUGCAGUGUAUGUGUUGCUGUAUGUGUCUGCAGCUGCUGUAGUUCUGCUGACAGUGUGUGAAAACCUGCUUGUGAUCAUCUCCGUCUGUCACUUCAAGCAGCUCCACACACCGACUAACAUGCUCAUCCUCUCUCUGGCUGUGUCGGACUGUCUGGUCGGAGCUCUUGUGAUCCCUAUCGCAUUACUAUGGAUGAUUGAGUCCUGCUGGGUUUUUAAUAGAGGUUUCUGUAUAAGUUUUGUACUAACAGCCUUUUUUCUUAAAGGCACAUCUAUAUAUAAUGUUGCUCUGAUCGCAGCUGAUCGGUAUUUUGCUCUGUCUAACCCGUUUCUCUACACCAGAGCGGUCUCUGUGAGCACCAUGUGCUUUGUGAUCUUAUGUGACUGGUUUAUAUUGUUCUUCUAUAAUCUAGUCGUUCACUAUUUCAAUAGAGACCUCAAAGGUUUAGUGAUGUGUCCAGGAGACUGCUUCCUUCUCUUCGGUGAGGUCUGGUAUCUGGUGGAUCUUGUGUUUAUUUUUGUUUUCCCAAUUGCUGUUAUAAUCAUACUGUAUGUUCAAGUGUUUGUUAUUGCAAAGAAACACGCCACUGCUAUCAGAGAGCUUAAUAUUCAGACGAGUACGGAGACGUCAAAGAGGGACAUUUCGAUGAAAUCAGAGAGAAAAGCAGCUAAAGUGCUUGGGAUAGUCGUGUUUGCGUUUUUGGCUUGUUACUUUCCAUACUUUAUUUACACUUUAUUAGGGAGGGUAAUUGAAAUUGAAGUAGCAUCAUUUCAAAAAGUGCUGAUCCUUGUUUAUUUAAACUCCACUAUUAAUCCAGUCAUAUAUGCCUUGUUUUAUCCGUGGUUUAGGAGGUGUGUUAGAGUCAUUUUAACCCUUCAAAUAUUCAAAAAGGAUUCUGCACUGAUAAAUGUUCUUUCUUAA